UAGUACAUCUGUGCUUGAUUGAUGUGAGCGAACGAACAAUUUGCAGGUGUAAAGAAAGCAACGUAUUCAUCCAUAUUGCCAUAGGUGUGAUAAAAGAAGAUGUAACUGCCAGUGGCGGGAGUUAUCUGUUUUAAUGUGAAUCUUCGACAUUAGUCCGACGCAAAACAUUUACGAGAUUCAUUUUGCGCUGCAAACAACUUGGCCAUUUGCAGUCAAUUCAGUGAACGUGCUACAUCUGGCCAUCAUUGUCCCUUCGCAGUUGCAUCCGGCUUAGUUCUCAUUGUCAAUUGUCAAGGACCGAGGAAUGGAGAAUGACUUCUGGUGCACACAAGCAUAAUGUUACGUGUUGAAUUUCUUGCAUUCGUUUGUUCAUGUUUGGCAAAAGGUGUUUUCUCAUACUGGCGGCCAAAUUGCAAAUCUGGGUAUUCAGUAGCGUGGUGGUCAGUCUCACCCUAUAUAUUUAUUGAAAAUGGGACAGUCGAUGGCGUAUUACCAGUUAUCAUGCAGAAAAUGGUUAAUGAAUGCUGCCAAAAACACGUGAACCUCUCUUACGAUGCCAUGGUAGAUAACAGAGUCGAAGCAGUGGAACAAGUCAUCAACGGAACAUCCGAUUUUGUCUUGCCACUUAUUGUCAAAAGUGGAAAGCAUAAAUUUCUUUCUUUUCCGUUGGUCCCAUUGGUUGAGUCGCCAGGCAUUGCAUUUUACGGCCUUGCACCUUUGGGUACAGGUGAAUCGUUGAUCAAAAUAAUUGUAGAUGCAUCACCGAUGCUUGUCAUAAUGACACUAAUGGUAAUGGUGGCUGGAAUAGUGUUUUGGCUUGUGGAAGAGCGGAAUGAAACCCCAAUAGUGCCUGGCAUCAUUAAUGGCAUGUGGUGGGCAUUUGUCUCGAUGACUACCGUCGGGUAUGGGGAUAUUUCCCCCAAAUCAAAGAAAGGGCAAAUUGUUGCUGUCAUUUGGAUACUGUUCGGCUUGGUAGCUUGUUCCUUAUUUGUAGCAGUUGUCAGUUCUGUUUUGACCAUGGCAUGUCUUUCCCAGAAGUUAGAACUACGCGGAAACAAGAUUGCAGUGAUUGAAGGCGGCCAGGAACAUUCUCUCGCAGUUAGAAAAAGUGCUCUUCCGAUUGGUUUUUCGGAUGUCGAAGAGAUAGUGAGAUCUCUAGAAGAUGGUACAUCUGUUGGCGCUCUUCUUGAUAGCUAUGUUGCUGGCUUUCAUCAAGACAAGUUUCAAGAGUUUCGUUUAAAUGACAUUAAAGAAGAUUUGUUUACUUAUGGAGUCGUUUUAAUGCCGACCGUAAUGAAGUAUGAAAAAUGUUUCAAAGAGUUUCUCAUGUCAAACCACGAUUUCCUUUCACAUGUGGUGUCUUCCAAUAUAAUUCCUCUUAAGAAAACAACUGAUGAAAGUACUGCGGAAGAAAUGUCAAAGAACAUCUUUACUUUCGAGACAGUGCCCACAUAUAUACCAUUGCUCAUAAUGUUGGCUUCUCUGUUUGUCAUCAGUUGCCCUUUUUUAUUGAAUGACUACAUUAGGAAAAAGAGGAAGAAUCCAUCAAAUAAAGGGCUGUAUGACAGCACAAGUGCAGAGGAGAGAUAUCUCCAUGAAGUCCACAUGAAGCAGCUUUCUGAUUGCCUCAAACAAAUGCACAACGAGGCAGAAAUACUGCAACGUAUUUGCAACAAGGCUGCUCAGAAUGCUGAAACGGAGGCUAAAAUUUAUGGAUAUGAAAAUAUUGUGACAGUGGAGACAUGCCUGUGACAGACUGCGCAUCUAGAAUGUUUGGUUAAUAUCAACAAAAUCUAAAGCCAAUCAAAAUCAAUUGGGACAAUGUUUAGCAAAGCUUCAUAAGGAUAUGCAAUUACAUUGUUCUUUGAAGAGUGUCAAAUUGAGAGGAGGGUCCAACUGUUCUUUAUCAAAAAACAUUUUUCCUGUCUAUCUAACAUCUUUUAUUCAUUUCAAAUACUAUCAUAGGACAGCAACUACUAAAACACAAUAGAAUCAAAAUUGUACAUAUAUCGUAAGCACGCUUUGUAAUUCUGAGAAUUAGUAUCAAGUCAAGAAUCAUUUCGCUAUGAGAUUAUAACCUUUAUCUCAAUUGAGAACAUGGAUUUUAUUCAAGCAAUUUCUAUAUUUAAUUUGGAGCUCAAUAAAGGUGAGCAAUAUUUUUUUAAUUAUAAUUCGGUUAGGCCUAUAUGAAGCAUUUCAUCAAUUCUGAUGGAUUAGAAUUACUCAAUGCCAUAUUAUAGCAUCAACUAACAAUUCGUUAUUCACACAGCUACGCAUAGGCUUCAGUAAGCUAAAUUAUCACAAAUUCUGUCACAUCUUGGGAGGAACAGUUGCCCGAUGUGCCUAAUUAACGGCAGUAUUGAAGAUACCGAACAUUUCUUGCUGCAUUGCCAGGCCUAGAUGAUCCAAGGCGUGAUCUCUUUGGCGCGAUAACGAACCAAAUAGCAUCUCCCACCUUUCAAAUAGACUGGGUUAUGUUAUGUGGUGAUAACAGAUUUUCACGUAACCAAAAUCAGAUAAUUUUGGAAUCAACGCUAGAAUACAUUCAUACGUCAGAACGUUUUUUUGUAUAACAGUAAAUACCAAACAUUUUUUAUAAUUUAAUCCUUCUCUUUUAAUUUUUCUAGCACCAAUUGAAUAGUAAUGUAGCUAUAGCACUAAAGGCUAUACCAAAAUCCUGUGUACAUUUUAAUGGUUAACGAUAAAUCAAGCUAUAGUAUCAUUCAAGUUGUAGUUAUGGUAGAGGGACAGAGCAUGUAUGCUUAAUAUGUUACCUAGGAUGACUAGGAAUGAAAUUACUCAGUAAUUUCAAUCACAAUCGUUUAUUUGAGAAUUGGAUAAAAAUAAUCACUAGCAAGUAGCCUAUAAAAGAUAGGGUGCUUCAUAAAAUGACUAUUAUCAUGAAUUAAAUGUUAAAGUUAAAAGCAUCUCCCUUCAUAAAAUUCUAAAGACGAAUUUUGUUUCUUGUUAAGUUUAAACUUUGUCUCUUUUCUAUUCCAUUGACCUUGUUUUUAAAACAGAUGGACAAUCACUGGUACACAAUUCCGAGGUUGAAGACAUGUUUCAUUCCGAGGUUGAAGACAUGUUUCUGUUUGUAGCAAACCAAAGUCAUUUAAAGGGCGAAAUAGAAACUGUUAAUAUUUUUAAAGACGUUUGGGUCAGAUUCAAAGAUUUAAAGUAUCUAGUGAUUAAGACAUUAAAUUCAAUGGUUAAAAAACAGAAAAAUCACUGCAGUUUUUAAUAUUUUAUUUCGAACCCUAAUAAUAAAAACAAUUUUUUCUUUUCUUGUAAAUCAUAAUC